UGCGACGAUGGACUGGCGGGCUGUUGUGCUGGUUUCCGUGGCCAUAUCAUCAUGCCAGCAGACAACAUCCGUCCCUAUUGCGUCAAAGGACAUUACCCCGCCACCGCCGCGCAGUACAGAUGGUCUCGAGGAUGGCGCACCGCCAGCCUAUGUGUUCACCGUGUUUGUGUCGGAGGAUGAACGCGACGAUAAUGAGGGGCUCAACAAACUCAUGUACAAAAUAACGGACAAGACGACGGGCGCAAAGAUCAUCGAGAGUUCGGCGCUGGGCCUAACGGUCAACGGCACGGACUUAGGGCGAGGAGUGGAGAUGCACGAGCUUCCCGCGGAGAAGAUAGACGAGACUUACGUAAAGAUCGGCAAGCACCGUGUGGUGACGAGUCACGCCAUGGACUACACGUUCCACGUGCUGCAUCUGGAGAGCAACAUCACGUGGUACCUCAAUGUGCGGCUAUUCAACGACGGGGUGGCGUUCAGAUACUCGUGGCAAGGGAGUCAAGAAGACCAGAUCAGCAAGGAGGACACGGAAUUCGUGAUGCCCGGUGCGUGGGUGUGACUACAUCUGUCAUCUAUCUGGGCACGGCAUGGUGGACAUGGCUCGGUGUAUCUGCAGAUGGCACCUACGUGUGGUAUUUUGAGAGGACAGAUGGCCGUCAGCGUUACGAGCUGCAGUCAUAUGCUGGUAAGUACAAAAGACAAUGCACCCAGGCCUCCAUGUGUACCCAUUGCGCACAUAGGUGAGUGGUUGCAUUCCCCCGUGGACCAUCUUGCCACACGCGAGAAGCAAAUUGGCCACCUAUACGGAGCCCCUCUUCUUUUCGAUUUAACUGGCCCUGAGAGCGACGGCUGGAGCAGCAAGGGCAUCCAGUACGCCUUGGUCACCGAGGCGGCACUCUAUGACUUUUCCGGCAUGCGUAUCGAGGCCCUUCCCGGCCGCAUCUUCCGUCCCAACUUCGCCGAGGCGACCUUUCCCGCGCCGCCCCAGAGCAAGGAUGACGGCCUGAUUCACUGUCCCUGGCGCGUCGUCAUGCUGGCGUCAAACCUCCACCGCCUGGUCAGCAACGAGAUGAUCUCGCAUCUCAACCCCGGCCCCUCGGUUGACCUCUUCCGCACAGGAGCACGGGACGAUCAAGAACAAGGGCGUGCGCCAUCGUGGGUGGUGCCCGGCCGAUCUGUGUGGCAAUGGUACAACGCGAAGUGGACGGGCCAUCGGUUCGAAGAUAUCAUGCCUGAGGGUGAAAAACGGUAUAUCGACGCUGCAGCCGAGUUGGGCUUCGAGUACACCACCGUUGACUGCUGUUGGCUGCAAUGGGGUGCACCCCGCGACGAUGAUGGGUGUUACACGGCACCAACACGGCACCAACCCCCUUGACACACCAUCCAUCCUCUGUGUCCGUGCAGUGAUGAUGAUUUUCUGAUCCGCCGGAAAGGUCCGGACGCCCUGUGGCCUGCACCCAGCUGGCCCGACGAGAUGCCUGUAUUCAACUGGCCCAACGCCACCACCAGGCAGGCUUCAUACACCCUGCUUGCCGACGUCUGCAAAUACGCCAGCGACAAAGGAGUCAAAGUCAUUGCAUGGAAAGUCAGUGCACUAAUAGUGCCCCGACACGAGAACAUGUUUGGCGUCCCUGGUUUUUCAGGACGCACAUGACAAAGACAGGAUAACUAAGCCGGGCCCCGACAGGAGCUUUGCCAAUCUGCGCAACUUCCUGAGCCGCCUUAAGGCUGUGGGUGCCAGCGGUGUCAAAGUGGACUAUGUGCAUGGCGAGACUGAGGGUGAAUGCGUCGCACAGGGCUGGGAGGGACACAUCGCGGUCGUGUAUCAUGACGUGACGGAUUCUGUCUCUCUUUGUGUGGCUAGAUAAGGUUCAAUUCGAGACGGCAUUGAUGGAAAUGACUGCCGAGCUGAAGCUGGUGGUUAAUAUCCACGGUUGCCGGAAGCCCAGCGGAGAGUCCAGGAGAUAUCCAAACCACGUAAACCCACAUACACACAGACACAGAAUCGCUCACACACACGCCCGUCUGUGUGUAUGGCAUGGCAGCUGACGCGUGAGGCUGUGUGGGGUAUGGAAAUUAUGCGUUUCCUCCAUGGUAGGUACUUUAAGAGCCCUUCCAAGCUGGCACUCAAGCCCAUCACAGCACGACACAAUGCCAUACUCCCCUUCACACGAUUCGUCAUCGGCGGCGCCGACUACACACCGAUGGCGCUCAGACCGGAAAUGAGGGGCAGCACGACCAUAGUCAGCCUCACACUCAGCCAGACAGCAACCUUUAAUCAUGUGAAUGGGGGGAUGGGUGUGUGCAGGUGCAUCAGAUAGCGUUGCUGGUUCUGUUCGACUCGCCGCUGCAGACCAUAGCCGAGGAUCCCCAUUACCUACUGGACAAGGACAAGCCCCACGCGGCCGCUCUGGACGUCAUCAAGGCCAUCCCCGCCACAUGGCACACCACGCACCUCCUCCCACCCAGCAGCAUCGGCGAGCUCGUCGUCAUGGCACGCAAGACUAACGACGAGGCGACCGACACGUGGUUCCUCGCAGCAAUCAACGGGCGAGACGAACAAGUGACAAUCGAUGCGAUAUCUGUGGACUUCCUGGACAAGAUCAAGACAUACGAGAUGGUUACUUUAUCGAGUGUUGAUGGUGACGGUGAGGGGAUGGUGCAGCGAAGAGAGGCCAGGAAAAAGGGCGAGGAGUGGCAGCGGCUGGAAGGUGUGAGGCUGCUUCCUGGCGAUGGGCUGGUGGUCAUGUGGACGGCCGAGGAAAGAAAGAAAGAAGACAAACGGAAAGAACUGUGACCGUGUCGUUUGGUCAUGACGUGAUCUCCCUGCAAACUCGUUUAUCUGUGUGGGUGAGGAAUGUGCAUGAUAAACAAGCAGUCUGUUGCGCCGCUGGUCGUUUCUGGCCGGCUCAGGCAAAGAAAUGAGUGGACCUUUAACGAUGGAUAUGCGACAAGAAGAUGACAACAAUGUUAGCACCCACUGGCUGGCGGGGUGUCUCGGUGUUGUGUGUAUGUGCCUGGUGGGCAUGGAUGUAGGCCACUAAGAAGAAGCCUGCCAGCGGGCGUGUCGUGCCGAGACAUGACAGGCUGACAGACAGAUGUCAUACGAGAGGCGAUACACGUGUUGGUUUGGUUCUGUGUGUUGUGUGUGGGGUGAGAUCCGCAAGUUUGGUUCAGCACUGGGUGAGAUCCGCAAGUAGCAGAAGGACACAGGUUUGCCGCUCCGCAAGCAUGUGGUGGGCCACUGGCCCGCGAACAGAGGCGGCGGCGCUGACACUCCACGUCAACGAGCGCAUGAAGGAGGCCCAGGUCGCCUACAGCAGUGAGGCCUUUCUCGUGAAGGUGGCCGCCGCCCUGGGGCUGAUGUCGAUGGCGAGAAAGGCGUUGUCGCGGCCAACCCCGACAAGGUCGAUCGGCUGGUGCGUGCGACACGCGCUUUGGUGCGGCGGAGUGGCCUGCAGAGGCUCCUAGGCAAUUGCUCCUAGGGCACUGGACGUGGUUCAUGAUGGCGAGGCGGCCGGCCCUGUCAUCUUGGCGAGAUCGUAUGAGUUCUGUCGACGACUCUCGAUCGGGGUUUGGCGAGGCUGUGGCCACGGGUCUGCGGCCCUCUCCUCCUCAUCAACAUUCGAGCACCGGUGGCGCCCGGCUUUCGACGCAUCCGAGGAUGGGUUUGGGGUGACGUACGCUACGGCCUCCCCCGACACUGGGCGUGCGGCUGCAGAGAGGGCCCUUCUCUCCCCCAUCCCAUCCCCACUCAGCCCCCCCGACCCUCCUCAAUCGAAUCGAAUCGUGCUAGCGAAUCCAAGCCUGAGUAUGAGCUGUCCUUCGAUUCUGACGGUCGUCCAUCUGAGGCCCGGCUGGUGCACGAAUAUGACACAGGCAUCCGCGCAUUCACGAUGCGCAGUUAUAGAAGGAUGCUUGGGGUUUGGGGGGCGGAGAACGAACGGAACACCCGUUGGAAAUCCCUUCUACGUCGAAGCGACAAGCGAGGGGGAAGAAUUGAUCACGAUGGAGUGGAGAACGGACAGUGCAGCCUUCCGCAGUUUUCCUGGGACGUAUCGUACCGUCAAGGCUCCGUGGAUCGGCACGCCCGAUUGGCAUCCCGUCGCCCUCCUCGACGAUGACAACAAAGCCAAUGCUCUUCGGCUUCACUGAUUGUCUUACACAAGGGUCGCUAUGUCGCCCACGACAGCGGCUAGCCUCCUGUCUACAACGCUUUUCGAGCGCUGCGGCUCUUCGUGGCGCUGCGAUGUCAGGCCGCGAUCUCAGGACAGUGUUUCGCUCGACAGUGCGGGUCUCCGUCGACCCACGGCCUCGAGUAUUAUCGCCGUCAUUGUCGUAUACUUUCGUCGAUACGAACAUAUACAAUCUCGGUCGCUACGCAUAAUCGCACGGUGUCGCUUCAACGAAGUCUCAUUCGUCGAAUCACGACGGCGGUCGUGUCGUAUGCGAGGCAGCGUGCCUUCGACGAUUCGCAGCGGCAUACGCCGUCGAUUCGAUUUCGUGUGUCUCGGCCGCUCCGCAUUCCGUGGACGUUUGGCGCGAACGAACCGUCAUCCGCCGAAGUACGACAGCGGUCUUUUAUCGCAUUCGGGGCACCUGCUCUCGUCAAUUCAAGGCUGCGUACGCUGUCGAUUCGGUCAUACGUGUCUCACUCGUUCUGCGUCUGUUGGCGCUGGGAGACAAACACUCGUCCGUCCAAGUAUGUCAACGCUGACUCAGCGAUCGUGUCGUACUCAGCACGUUGUGUCUUCGCCAAUUCGCGGCUACUUCGUGUAGUGACUAUAUUAUACGAGUCUCGGUCGUUCCACGUCUGGGCGCGUCGAGGGGAAUGAACUCUCAUCCGUCGAAUUACGACAGCGGUCUUUAUCACAUUCAGGGCAGCUUGCUCUCGCCGGUUCGCAGCGCGGCGCUGUCGCUUCGGGUUUCAGUCUUUCUACGUCUGUGGGCGCUGGGAGAGAACAAACACUCGUCAGUCGAAUUACGUCACCGCUCAUCCAGUGAUCGUGUCGUACUCAGGGCAGCAUGCGUUGCGCACGCCGUCGAGUCGAUUUUGUGUGUCUCGCGUCGAUUAUAUAUUUUGUGUGUCUCGGCCGCUCCGCGUUCCGUGGGCGAUAGGGGAGAACGAACUGUCUCCGUCAGAUUGCGACAGCGCCGACUUAGUGGUCUUUUGCCGCAUUCAGGGCAGCAUGCCUUCGCCGAUUCGCGGCUGCUUAGGCUACUGAC